CAACAGCAUCGAGGAUCGUUAGACAGUACAUUCGUUGAUUUGUCAGCACAAAUGAUGUUUGAUGUGGAUCGAAGGCACGUUGAAGAAAUAACACAGCACGGAAAUGUUCACAUAACAGUACUGGAGUAAUCCGCGUGUAUACAAUAUGAAAAGAAUAGUUGAAAAUAGUAUUAAUAUGCCACUUAAUAUCGAAUGUAAUAUAGGAAAUUGUUUGUUCUAUAUCAAUAUUUUUGGAGAAAAAAUCAAGAUGAUCGGGAGUUUCAUGCGGUACUGACUUAAAUCUUGGCAAUUUAUUGCGUAUCUAGUUGGGUACCAAUUCAAUUCUAUUGAUUAUCGAUGUGGGAUCUAAGAAAAUAGAUUUCAAAGUCUAGAAUUCGCUUUGAUCGAAAACAAGUCAAUGGAAGACCUCAGCAAAAAUAUUGAAACGGCAAAAGCUAUUAAAUGUCUGUUAAAAGACAAAUUAGGUGUUGAGUAUUCUCUUCCUGAGUACUUUUUCACCAAGGGGUGUAAAGCGCAGCUAAUGGUACAUUUUCUGUAGUAUUUCUAAUCUGCUAGUUUGACAAAGAAGAUCUAAAAGAAAGAUUUCCUGAUUGUAAUGUGUUGAUGUGUUUUGUGUAACUUUUAGUGAAUUUGAAUGAGAGCUAUUCGAUCUACACAAUUGAUGACGUUCAUGCAGAGGAAUAUAAUUAUGAAUCACUCAACACACAUCAUGUUCUUUGUAUCGAGAUUCCUCGAUUCUAGGGAAGUGAGGCCAGCAAGGAGGAAAAGCAAGAAGAAGAACAAAACGCGGUAACCCCCACUGAAGAUAUCUACCGAAUCAUCACGGAUUUGAUGCGAGACGACUUCGUAUGUGUCAAUAGACACUCUGUUAUCCCUAUAGAAUGACGAGAUGUUCAAUCAGGACCACUCCGUAUCGACUCCAGUGUCCCAAGAUUCUCCCAACUCACUCGCUGAACUUCUCUCCGUUUUCUACACGCUCCCCAAGCCGUCUCCUUUCGAAAAGGAAGACACGGUCGUCCUCCACGGCACGAGCGCUACCGUCGUGAAGCCAUCCUCGCUUCCUCUCGACCUGGCGAAGUACCUGGAAACCACGAUCCAAACGAACCAUCCGAACAUUCUCCCGCUCAAAGCGAUCGUUCACUCCCCUCCCUACAGCUUCGUGAUAGCCGACUACAACCAAUCGACCAUCGCUACCGUGCAGAAGUACAACAAGCACUUGCUACAGUCGUCGAUCGUCCGGCUCUUCAUCGCCUACCAAGCCAUCCAAGUGCUUUCCUUCCUCCACAGCCACGGAAUCGCCUGCCCUCGCUUCUCCACCGACUCGCUCAUCCUCACCGAGAAUCUCUGGCUCUUCCUCCCGCUCCCUACGCUCCAGCGCGUGCCGUAUCCGGUCGCCACGCCGCACACGCAGCUGCUGAAGCUGACGGACGCCUGGGUGAACGGACAGCUGACGAACUUCGAUUACGUGAUGUAUCUGAACGACGCGGCGGGCCGUCGAAUGGACGACAGCAACUUCCACUGCAUCAUGCCGUGGGUGUGCGACUUCACGUCGCAGACGGGAGGCUGGCGCGAUUUCAGCAUCUCGAAGUUCCGAAUGAACAAAGGAGACAAUCAGCUGGACGUGAGUUAUGAGCACAGCGUGCCGAAGCAUCACAUCAGCGAGUCGUUAUCGGAGUUGACGUAUGCGAUCUAUAUGGCUCGGUGCAUGCCGAUUUCUCUGCUCCGCGUGGUGGUUCGGAGCAAUUUCCAGAGCAAGGAAUAUCCGGGAAACAUGCUGCGAAUGUUCGAAUGGACGCCCGACGAAUGCAUUCCGGAGUAUUUCACCGAUCCCUCCGUGUUCACUUCGCAGCAUCCCAACAUGGAGGACAUGGAGCUUCCGGAAUGGUGUCCCGAGCCGGAAUCGUUCAUUCGCUGGCAUCGAAGCAUGCUCGAAAGCGACUAUGUCUCCAAUCAUCUUCAUCUCUGGAUCAAUCUGAACUUCGGGUAUCAGCUCUCAGGCCAGGCUGCAGUGGAUGCGAAAAACGUGCCGCUCGUUCAGGAUUCUGUGAGCGGACUCACCAAAAACCCGGGGUUUGUGCAGCUCUUCACACAGCCGCAUCCGCAGCGAAUGCGCAAUGGGAAAGGCGAGGUGAUUUUCACGCAAGUAUCCACGCGAAGCCAUCAAGAUAUCCUAUUAGUAUUAUUGAUUUGA